GACCAGACUUUCCACUGCCCAAAACAAUUGCAUGAGCAAUGAUUUCCUCCUCUUCCUUGGUAAUUACACCAUGUCAAAGAACCAAAGCAACAAAAAGAAAAGAAAAAGGAAAGAGUGUUUGGGUAAUUACGGAAAAGACCUUUAUAAACGAAUGUAGACCCAAAUAAAAAAAAUCGCAGUGGGUAUAUCUAUCGAACAGUUGGUGUGUGCAUAACGACUUCAUCAAAACCCUCAGAAGAUGAGAGGCGUCACGCCAAUAAACCCUCAGAAGAUAGAAGCUGAUUCCAAUAUCGUCAAAGAAUCAGAUUGCUUUGAAGGCGAACGUCUAACUCAUCUCCUCGGCUUGAUCCAGAGAGGCAUUGAGACGUCCAAGCUUUCGAAUGCGAACUCAUUACCUGAGAAGAUAUGGCUCAAGCAACAAAUCGCGAUUGGGAUCAACGAGGUCACGCGUGUUCUUGAGAGGAUGAAGCUCAACACUAGUGACCAACAACUUAACCCUAGACAACCUCAACUUCAGGUAGUGAUAGUAGUAGCAGAUUGCAAACCGAGGAUGCUCACUAAGCAUAUCCCGAACUUAGCUGCUUCAAGGAACGUCCCGGUUCUCUUUAUCAGAGACAACAAACGAGCUUCUCUUAGGUUAGGAGAGUUGGUUAAGCUCAAGACGGCUCUAGCCAUUGGCAUCAAGGCGAGAGGAAGCGAUCUCAACCUUGUACUCCAACAGAUUCUUCCAAGUGAUUCUUGAUCCUGUAAUGACGAAGGAAGUUUCUUUUGAUCUGGUUUUGUUGUGAUGUGAUCCUCUCUAAGUGUACUUAUAUAUACAUUAUAAUUUAUAAAUGAGAUUGAC